AUGGUUGACAUGUGUCGACGGGCGAAGUCGGCAGGGCUUGUCUUCCGAAACUUUUGCCUUCUCAAAGCAUGGAUCUUUGGGGCUGGUCUUAUCCUGGGCUUUUCUAUGUUUGCUGGAGAACCCCGCCGCGACGUUGAAAGGCUUUUCGACAGCGCUCUACUACUUCUCGAUGAUAUCGGCCACACUAGCCCACAGGCCCAGCUCUACUACCAAAUCCUGACUAGUUUCUUGGAAGCUGUGAACAAGUAUCGCAACCGAGUUGCAGGAGAGGUGUACCGUACGGUACAGGAUUAUAUGGACCAGAUCCUAACGAUUGAUGCGGUCAUGCCAGGAAAUUCUGCUGCACCUCCAAGUGGUAGACAGGAUGUAUACCCUGGCUGGGACGAUAGCUGGUUAGCAGGCGCAAUGCAAGAUGUUGAGGCAAGCGCCAUUGCACUAGAUCCUAUUUCUUUUGGAACAAGGGGCGCGCAGAUGUUCCGCGAACCUUGUAAUUGGGGUGACAUGGACACUAUGCAAUUGGAGGGGGGCUUGAUCAUCGACGUAGAACCGUUCGAUCAGUUAUUCUAUACAGUUGAAUGA